AUGGAGGACCAGGUCAACCGGCCGCAUCGGAAGUCGAAGGAGAAGAAGAAGAAAAAUAAGGAUCAGUCUGGGGCCAAUCCCAAAGCCUUUGCUGUCGCUCAUGCCGGCCGUCUACAAAAACAGGCUGCUAGAUCUCAUGAUAUUAAGGAAAAGAGACUCCAUGUCCCGCUCGUGGAUCGCCUGCCCGAAGAGGCGCCACCCAUCGUUGUUGCGGUGGUUGGCCCACCAGGGGUUGGAAAAACUACACUGGUUAAAUCCCUCAUCAAGCGCUAUACGAAGCAAACACUAAGCUCUCCAGCUGGGCCCCUCACUGUUGUCACAUCGAAAAGAAGGCGAUUGACAUUCCUUGAAUGCCCGUCCGACUCGCUAGCAAGUAUGAUUGAUGUUGCCAAGAUUGCGGAUAUCGUCCUUCUCAUGAUUGAUGGUAAUUAUGGAUUUGAAAUGGAGACUAUGGAAUUUCUCAACUCCUUGUCCGCAAGUGGUAUGCCCGGAAACGUCUUUGGAAUCCUAACUCAUCUCGAUCUAUUUAAGAAACAGAGUACUCUUCGACAAGCUAAGAAGCUCUUAAAGCAUCGAUUCUGGAGUGAAUUAUAUCAGGGUGCGAAGCUGUUUUACCUCUCAGGCGUUAUCAAUGGACGGUACCCUGAUCGGGAAAUACACAAUCUGUCCCGGUUUUUGUCUGUAAUGAAGAACCCUCGACCGCUCAUAUGGAGAAACUCACACCCUUAUUGUCUGGUUGAUCGGUUUUUGGACAUCACCGCCCCAACAGCAGUCGAGGAAAAUCCCAAGUGUGAUAGAACAGUUGCGCUCUAUGGCUACCUUCGAGGUACCAAUUUCCCUGCUGUUGGCGCAAGGGUGCAUGUGCCCGGUGUGGGUGAUCUCAGUGUCUCAUCGAUAGAAGCGCUCCCUGAUCCAUGUCCAACGCCCUUCAUGGACAAAGCAAUGGCGAAAGCAACUGGGAAACCCGGUAGAAGGAGGCUAGGUGAAAAGCAGAAGCUUCUGUUUGCGCCUAUGUCUGAUGUUGGUGGUGUCCUCGUCGAUAAGGAUGCAGUUUAUAUCGAUGUUAAGACAUCUACGUUUAAUAGGGAUGCUGAAAACGAUGAAAAGAGGGGUCUGGGGGAGCAACUCGUUGUUGGGUUACAAGGCGAACGAAAAUUACUUGGACAGGCCGAGUCAGGUGUCCGACUGUUCAGGGGUGGAGAUACAGUUGCUGGUUUAAAAGACGAAGAGAAGGAGGAAGUCGGGCGUAAGCAAAAGCGAAAGGCUCGAUUCACUGAAGAACAGGAAAAUGGGACAGAUGUUAUAGGAGAGGAAGAUGAGGGUUUUGAAUCAGAAGAUAGCGUGGAAGGAAGUGAAGAAGUGGAAGAGGAAGAGGAAGAUGAAAAUGACGACGACGUUAUGCCGCCUGACGAUUUUGAGGCAAAUUUCAGGGAAAGACACAACGGCGCUGUUGAACAUUACGAAGAUGAUAUCGCUUUUGCAGAUAGCGAUUCUGAUCUUGGUUCGAUAUCGUCAGUUGAAGACCAGGAGAUAGAAAGUGAAGGUGAUUUCGAAGACGAUUCAGAUGAGGUUGAUGACGGAGCUUUACGUUGGAAGGAAAACUUGGCUGAGCAUGCCAAGGCCAACUUUGGAAAGAAAAUUCCCUACCGUAUUGCUGACCUCACAAAGAUCCUCUAUGACGAAUCAAUAAGCCCACGAGAUGUUGUCAAAAGAUGGACCGGGAAGAAUGAUGGUGUACCUCAAGAAGAUGAUAAUAACGACGAGGAUGACUUCUUCAAGAAAGUUGAAGUAGAAACAGAGGAAUCAGACGACAGGACCAUUCCAGUUUUUGAUUAUGAGCAGCUUGAGAAAAAAUGGGAAGAUGACGAUAAUAUCCAGACCAUACGGCAUCGAUUUAUCCGUGCCAAAAUUUUGAAGGGCAACGGAUCGGAUGGUAGCGGGAACGAAGACGAUGAUGAAGGUAGGGAGUUUGAUUUUGAUGAUUCUGAGGAUGAGGGAGACGGUGUGUUUGAGGAUCUCGAAACUGGGGAGGUUGUUGUCAGCAACGAAGAAACGAACGAGAAAAGCGAACCCGAAGGUCUUGAAGCGGAGAGAGCAAGAAAUGCGAAGAAAAAGGAAGAGCUUAAACUUCGUUUCGAGGAAGAGGAUCGCGAAGGUUUCGCGAAUGCAAAAGAUGGCGGAGACAGACAAGACGAAGGGCGAUUUGGAGAGGAUGAUUGGUACGAAGCACAAAAGGCAAAACUCCAAAAGCAACUUGACAUCAACCGAGCAGAAUUUGAUUUUCUCGACGCACUCUCCAGAGCCAGAGCUGAAGGAUACAAAGCUGGGACGUAUGCCAGAAUUGUUCUUGAAAAUGUUCCUUGCGAGUUCUCAACGCGAUUUAACCCUCGUUUCCCUGUCAUUGUUGGAGGCCUUGCACCGACUGAAGAUCGAUUUGGAUUUGUUCAGGUCAGGAUCAAAAGACAUAGAUGGCACAAGAAAAUUCUGAAAACCAACGAUCCUCUCAUAUUCUCACUUGGCUGGCGUCGAUUCCAAACCACACCCGUUUACAGCAUCUCCGAUUCCCGAACACGCAAUCGCAUGUUAAAAUAUACUCCUGAACAUAUGCAUUGUUUUGGCACUUUUUACGGUCCCCUUGUGGCUCCCAAUACCGGCUUUUGCUGUGUUCAAUCUUUCUCCAAUAAAAACCCAGGGUUCCGAAUAGCAGCUACUGGUGUCGUGUUGAACGUAGAUGAAACCACGGAAAUUGUUAAGAAACUCAAACUAACGGGAUAUCCAUACAAGAUCUUCCGAAACACUGCUUUUAUAAAGGACAUGUUUACUUCUGCUAUCGAAAUUGCGAAGUUCGAAGGCGCGAGCAUUCGAACUGUUUCUGGAAUUCGGGGUCAAAUUAAACGGGCUUUGAGUCGUCCAGAGGGACACUUCCGUGCUACAUUUGAGGACAAAAUCCUCAUGAGUGACAUUGUGUUUCUCCGUGCUUGGUACCCUAUCAAGCCACACCGAUACUACAACCCAGUCACCAACCUCUUGGAUGAAGAGAAUGAGCAUGGCUGGAAAGGCAUGCGUUUAACGGGAGAAGUUCGUCGUGAUCAAAACAUUCCCACUCCCCUUGAAAAGGAUUCUGCAUACAAACCCAUUGAACGUCCAGCACGACACUUUAAUCCUCUUCGUGUCCCUCGCCAAUUGACUGCGGAGCUUCCAUUCAAGUCGCAAAUUACAAAGAUGAGACCCCGUCAAAGCCAGUCUUAUCUCCAAAAGCGGGCUGUGGUUUUGGGAGGCGAAGAAAAGAAAGCGCGGGAUCUAUUGCAGAAGCUUACUACCAUGAGGAAUGAGAAGGUGGCGAAGCGCCAAGCUGCGCAGGAGAAGCGGAGGAAGGUUUAUCGCGCCAAGGUAGCGGAGAAUGCUGAGAAGAAGCAGGAACGGGAGAAGCGGGAGCGGGACGAAUAUUGGCAGCGGGAAGGGAAGAAGCGGAAGAAUGAUGGCCAGGAAGGUGGUCGAGGUGGGAAGAAAAGAAGAUGA